AUCUCGCAUCCGGUGUGUUCUGAAGAGCAUCCCCACCCCCUUUCAAGUUGCAUUUUUAAUAUAGCCUGCAUGAUGCAUGGCAGUGGAACAAUCAUCAGUACAGUAUUGUCAUGGAAGCAACCUUCCUUGCCUGUCUGUUUCUCUUGCUCCCCUGUGGCUGGUCCCAGGUGCAGCUACACUAUGCCUUGCUGACAGCAAGUGGCUCUGGUGGCUUCAGCUCUUCAGGUGGGGUGGUGCCUGCAAUAGAGCUAGCUCAGGAGAUGGUGAACAGAAACUCAACACUUCUUUCCAACUACACCCUUACUCAUACUGGAGUGCUAGACACUAAGUGUGACCGUACCAGAUCUCUAGAGUUGUUUUUGGAUACCAUUUCCCUCCCCUCCCCUACGGUCCUGGGGCUGGUGGGUUGUGGCUGUUCUGUGGCCUCGGCACCUGUCGCUGAGAUUGUCGGACAUUUCAACAUCCCUCAGAUUUCUUACAUCUCAAUGUUUUCUGAAGCGAGCGAUCGAACAAGAUUCUCCAAUUUUUUCCGGACCAUUCCAUCGGAUGGUGGCUUUGGUCCAGCCAUUGUCUCAUUGCUACAGCUCUUUAACUGGGAGAGAAUUGCUGUUUUUACUCAACGAGAUGGAGUCUUCAACGAGGCAUGGCAACGUUUUAGUCGGAAUUUCAAACAGGCCAACAUCACUCUUAAAAACCGAAUGAUAAGCCCACGCAAGACAAUGAGGAGUGUGAAUUCAACAAACUUCUUUUUUGAGGAUGAGAACUUUCGAGUCUUCUUUCUCAACGUCAACUCCAAAUUGGCUCGUCAAAUUUUGUGUCAGGCACUUGAACGAGACUUAACGGCCCCUCGCUAUGUGUGGAUCACGUACGGAUGGUACCAGGAGGGGUGGUGGAGGGAGGGUACAAACUCCGUGUGCUCCAACAACCAGUUGGCGGGGAUAGUGGAAAGAGGACUGGCUCUGCAGUUGUUCCCACAGUCCAGGCAUCCUGAGGCUAUGACGGACACAGGACUGACUCCCAGACAAUUUAAUACCCUCUAUCAUGAAAGACUAAAAACCUUAGAGGGCAAUGAUAACGUCAACUUUACCUUUGGAGCCUCCCUUGCGUACGAUGCAGUCUGGACAUUGGCGUUUGCUCUGAACAAAGUGUCUGAGUUGAUUGCCAGUCACAGUAAGGGGGAGGUGUUCUCACUGACUGGUUGUAACGAGAGUGGAAGAGGUCUGGUGGCACUGGAGAACUUCACCUACCAGAACCAACAAAUGGGGUGUGUCAUUCGAUGGGCAGUGGAGCAGACACAUUUUGUGGGAGUUAGUGGCAGCGUUGACUUUGAUGACAUGGGUUCAAGAAUGCAGUCUGGGGCUCGCCUUCUACAGUACAGAGCUAGUGAUACCAAUACCCUACGUCUUGUAUUGGUUGCCGAGACAACAGUUUCCGGGGAUUCACUGUCAAAUUUCUCUUACGUUAUCAAUGAGACCAACACCUCGGUGUUUCUAGGCGGUGUCUUAUCUGAUGGCCGCCGCUACACUCAGGAGAGGACAUUCUCUCUUGAGUUGGUGGUGGUCUACUAUUCUCUGGCUGCUCUGGGGCUGGUACUAUGUGCUGUGUGUUUGGUCUUCAACUGCACACAGAGGAACAAAAAGGUGGUACGAUUGACUAGCCCUGUCCUCAACUAUCUCAUUCUGGCUGGGAUUUCCAUCAUCUAUAUCUCAAUAUUUUUCCGGCUGAUGCCCAGUACCGAGUACUCUGUGAAUGCAGCCAGAUGCAGUGUGAACAUUGUUCUAACCAACCUUGGCUAUUGCAUGGCCUUUGGAACACUCUUAGCAAAAAUGGGGCGAGUGUACUACAUAUUUCACAACCCGACAACUAGUAAAAAGACUCUCAAAGAUUGAAAGUGCAAAUCAAAGUUCUCAACGACUCAAAGUUUGUGACUGCCUUAAUCUAUAUGUCGAGCAUCCUCCUGCUGCUUUUGGGGGUAGUGGUCUACUUGUUCGGCUCUUACAUCAACGCCG